GAAACGUAAUGUAACGGAUCGCAAGAUCAACCAAAUAGUGGCAAUUUCGGUAACUCGAAAAAAGACCAGGGGUAAAACCGUCACAAGGGCAACUGAAAUUGCAGUUCAUAACAGACAGCUGCUAACAAAGAGACACAACAAACUUCCUAGGGUCUUAAAUCCCCAAAAUUUCCUCUUCGAUUCUCUAACGAUGAACGCCGAUGAGAAGUUGACGGAGUUGAAGAUUGCGUAUGCUGAUAUGAUACUGAAUACAGCGAAAGAGGCAGCGGCGAGGAUUAUGGUGUCCGAACGGAGAGCACUUCGAUUAGAAUUAGAGCUCAAACAAUCGAAAGAGGACGCGAUUCAAAUGCUUAUGAGACUCAAACAGAUGAUGGAUUCUAAGAUUAGUGAAGCAGAAAUGGCAUCCCGAGCCCAACAAAAGAAAAUUGAAGAACUAGAAGCACAACUCCAGGAAGCCGAGGACAUAGUGAAAGACCUCAGAGAAGAGUUAAGUGCGGUGCAGACUGAACUGGAGAGGGUCACACCAAGAGAAGUUAAUCCCAUGUUACAAGUCUAUGAAGCAUUGGAGAAAAAUGUAUUGAGUAAUCCUGAUGGUAUCGUAUUUCCUCAUGUAGAAGAACAACCGGACAUUGUUCCACCUUUUGACAUUGGGAAUUCUGUUAAAGAUCAGGAUAACAAAGGCCAGAGAUUGCAUAAUUCUUUAUUUCCUUUAUGGAAGUCUUGUAUUAAUGACCAAGAUUUACCAUCUAUAAUAUUGAGAAGCAAAGGAACAAAGCUGUACAAAAGUGGGUGUACUCAUAGAAUUCGUGCAUGUGAACGGACACCGUUGGAUAGAGAAUUGUCAUUACCUGAACAAACGAACCACAUUAGGCCUGAUAUGAUUACCAAAGUGGAUGAAGGUGAGAAACUACAUAAAGCGCUCUCUCUUGGGGAUGAAAGGAAAAAAAGCAGGAAAAGAGCCAGUCCAAAUACGAAAAAGAGAACAUCAUGCCCAAAUCUACUGCUGGAUCAAGUCAAGGAGAUGGAUCAUGUAUCUGAUAAUUCAUGUUUGACUACCUCAAGGUCAGUCAAACGUUCCAAAGGGGAAAAUCCUGAUGGAAGUAUUAAGAUUGCUACAGAUUUGGUAAGAGUAAGCGAUGUUCACAGCAGAAUUAGAGAGGAACUUCUACCUGUGGGGCAUGAAAAGCCGCCACUGAGCUCAGAAGCUCAAGUUGACCCUCCGAAGUCUAAGGCUUUAGAGACUGGUGGGGUUCCUAUUCAACCAACAAGUAGUAGGGUUAUCAAGUACACAUUCCAAAGGAAAAGGAAACGAGGGACCUUGAGCACCGAGGGAAGUGACUUGUGUGACUUGAAGAAGAAAGAAGAGAACAAAACUUCUCCUUUGGAGACUGAGAAAACCAUCUCAAUGGAAGAGUCGAUUCAAGAGGAGACUGAAAAAGUCAUCUCAAUAGAAGAAUCAACUGAAGUGGGGACUGAGAAGGCCAUCACAAUGGAAGAGUCAACUCAAGAGGAGACUGAGAAAGUCAUCUCAGUAGAAGAGUCAACUGAAGAGGGGGCUGAGAAGGUCUUCACAAUGGAAGAGUCAACUCAAAAGGAGACUGAGAAAGUCAUCUCAGUAGAAGAGUCAACUCAAGAGGGGACUGCGAAGGUCAUCACAAUGGAAGAGUCAACUGAAGAUGGGACUGAGAAGCUCAUCUCAAUGGAAGAAUCAACUCAAGAAGAGAUUGAGAAAAUCAUCUCAAUAGAAGAGACAACUCAAGAGGAGAAACGCCUAGAACAGGUUGCUCAACAGCUUAUAUCUUUGUCUGAGAAAGUGGUGGCAAUGAAGAAGCAGAUGCAGAUACAGACUUAAAACAGUUUUGGGCAAUUCAACUCUGGUUGGAAUCCAUGGAGGUUGAUAACUUAAGUGGAUUAUGUUUAUUAAGUUGCAACCAUUGUUGUAUUCUUCAACUCUCUUUCUGGGAAUUUUGACUGUGAUAGUUAAGCUAAAAAAAGGUAACUUAUAAUGUUAGUUUAUGAAUGUUGGAUGAAUUGAUCUGAUAUAACCAUCCUGUUUUAUAUGAUCA